UUGAGGUUCUGAUGACAAACGGAUCGAUUAAAAUACACGCACGUCUUGAAUCAUGUGCAUCAAUUCCAGCAUGUUGUGUAGUAACUGUUUUACGACAACGAUUUUUAUCUAUAACAAAGCUCCUGUAGGAUCAUGAAGACCUUAUGCACGUGGAAUUUGACUUCGGUCACGCAUACUCUAUUACAAAUAACAGUCCACAUAAAAAGUAAAUUACGGAGUGUAUAUAUAAGAAACUCAACUGUACAAUUAGUUAAUGAAGAGUAUCAAUACACACUGAACUACAAUGUCAUUGAAUUUGAUAAUGCAGCUCGUCUGUUCGCCUGAAUAUCGGUGUGUUGUCCCUUUAACCGACUCUCCUCCCUCAUGUCGCUAACGUAUCCGCGCCCACGUCUGUUAGCGGCUACUUUCACGUCAACAAUGACAGUCCGCGCCGAUUUCAAUGGAACACACGCCAGUAUUUCAAUUAGUAUUUUGAAAAUGCAUUGUGUUUAACCGCAACCGCGGCUCCUAAGGCGGAUAACGGAGCCUGCCUCCGUGACCUGCUUCCUCGUAAACCGAUAAGAGCACGCGCGAGGAGAGAAGUCCUGACCACAGCCGGGAGAGGUCAGCCGUGGGCGCGUCUGCGAUGGCUGGCGGAAGGAGAGGGGCGAACCGGACCACGUACUGCAGACCCCCCCUGAGCAACGAACCAGGCUCCGUCAGCAACGGCAACCACUCCACCAGCUCCCCGGUCACAGGGGUGCGAUCCCGCGCCAGGAACGGCUCGGGGACGUGCAUGUCCAACCCCCCUCUGGCGGCGCAGACGGUGGUUCCCCUGAAGCACUGUAAGAUCCCCGAGCUGUCGGUGGAUCGCAACGUGCUGUUCGAGCUCCAUCUUUUCUUCUGCCACCUCAUCGCCCUCUUUGUCCAUUACGUCAACAUCUACAGGACUGUGUGGUGGUACCCCCCAUCACAUCCUCCCUCGCACACUUCGCUGAACUUUCACCUCAUUGAUUAUAACAUGCUGGUGUUCAUAAUCAUCAUACUGGCAAGGAGGUUAAUCGCUGCAAUUGUUAAAGAGGCGUCGCAGAGUGGGAAGCUGUCCUUCCCUCAUUCCAUCUUCCUGGUGAUGGCGCGGUUCGCCGUGCUAACGCUGACAGGCUGGAGCCUCUGCCGCUCACUCAUUUACCUCUUCAGGACGUACUCCGUCCUCAGCCUGCUCUUCCUCUGCUACCCAUUCGGGAUGUACAUUCCCUUCUUCCGGCUGAGCUGCGACUUCCGGCGGGCCGGUCUGCUCCCCCCCGUCGCCAGCAUCGGCUCCAAGGAGGUGGGCGGCGCGGGUCGGGGCAGGGACUACUUGACCGUGCUGAAGGAGACGUGGAAGCAGCACACCAGCCAGCUGUACGGCGUCCAGGCCAUGCCGACUCACGCCUGCUGCCUCUCCCCGGAUCUCAUCCGCAAGGAGGUGGCGUACCUGAAGAUGGACUUCAACUGGAGGAUGAAGGAGGUGCUGGUCAGCUCGAUGCUCAGUGCUUACUACGUGGCCUUUGUUCCCGUCUGGUUUGUCAAGAGUACGCAGUAUGUAGACAAGCGCUGGUCUUGUGAGCUGUUCAUCCUGGUGUCCGUCAGCACGUCAGUCAUCCUCAUGAGGCACCUGUUGCCACCUCGGUACUGCGACCUGCUUCACAAAGCCGCAGCGCACCUGGGCUGCUGGCAGAAAGUAGACCCCUCGCUCUGCUCCAAUGUUCUUCAGCACAUAUGGACAGAGGAGUACAUGUGGCCACAGGGAGUCCUGGUCAAACACAAUAAGAACGUCUACAAGGCCAUGGGUCACUACAACGUGGCGGUUCCGUCAGACGUGUCCCAUUACCGCUUCUAUUUCUUUUUCAACAGGCCUUUACGGAUAUUGAACAUACUCAUCAUCCUGGAGGGUGCCAUGAUAUUCUACCAGCUGUACUCGUUGAUAUGUUCAGAAAAGUGGCAUCAGACGAUAUCCCUGGCGCUAAUUCUCUUCAGUAACUACUACGCCUUCUUCAAGCUGCUCCGAGACAGAAUAGUCCUAGGGAAGGCGUACGCGUACUCUAACAGCUCAUCGGACCACAAAGUCAGUUAGAUUUGAGUCGUCAUUCACUUUGGAACAAACAAAAAAAAACAUGCCUAAGAGCUCUGUAUUUUUUCUACAAACUGCAUUUUCUGUCACGUUUUUGUUCUGAUCUGCCAUAAUAAAAAGACAUAUUUUUGUAUUACUUUAAA